AUGGAAGCUGAUGUAGGUGCUGAGCUUGUAAAUGAAAGCACUAUUUUAAAAGAAACAGGUCUAAACGUUCGAGUGUUGAUCGGCGACGAGGAUAGUUCUACAAUCGCAGCCGUUCGUCGUGGAAAUGACGAAACAAUAUUCAAGUUAGCCGAUAAUAAUCAUCUUAAAAAACAUUUUUCAAAAGAUUUAUACGAACUGCAGAAAACAUUUAAAGAAAUGAAAAAACGUGAUGUAAUUCCUCAUUUGAAAAAAUGUUUUAACUAUGCUGUAGCACAAAACAAAGGAAAAAGUGUAGAAUUAGCCAGUACUUUACGUACAAUACCUGAUCAUGUAUUUGGCAAACAUGAAAACUGCGGCGCAUGGUGUCACCGCGAUUCCAAUGACAUUGCUGCUAGCAGUCAAGCGAACGAAAGUUUGAAUAACAUUAUGGCACAUAAAGCUCCAAAGAAUAGAUGUUACAGUUUGAGUGAAUCAGCUGAUUUUCGUUGGGCGAGUGCUGUUUGCGCCAAAAACGAUGGACAACAAUAUUUGCCUCGUGUUUCAGCUAAAUUAUGUAUUUCGCCCGGUAAACAUAUGGAAUCUUUUGCUAUAAUGCAAGAUAAACAAAGAGCACGAAGAGCUGAGUUAGCAAAAUUACAAA